AUGAUGGGAACAGCGAAAAGCGAUAGUGCCGUUGUGGCCAACGACUUCCUUCACACGCCGUUCAUGCGGGCUGCGCUGCCAUUCAUCAAUGGCGGCAUCAGCGGUAUGGUGGCUACGACAGUGGUCCAGCCCGUCGACAUGAUCAAGGUCCGCAUCCAACUCGCAGGCGAGGGCAAGGCCGGCGGACCAAAGCCAACACCCCUUUCAGUGACUCGUGAGAUCCUGGCCAGCGGAAAGGCGCUCGAUUUGUACACGGGCCUUUCGGCCGGUCUGCUCCGGCAAGCCGUAUACACCACGGCCCGGCUCGGUUUCUUCGACACCUUCAUGAGCGCACUGUCAUCCCGCGCCAAGGCCAACGGCAAUCAAGUGGGGUUCACUGAGCGAGCGACGGCGGGUCUCGCUGCGGGCGGGUUGGCCGCUAUGAUCGGAAAUCCGGCGGAUCUCGCUCUAAUCCGGAUGCAGAGCGACGGACUGAAGCCAGUAGCGGAACGGAAGAACUACAAGUCAGUGAUUGAUGCGCUCACCUCCAUAGCACGGAGCGAGGGUGUCGGGGCGCUUUGGGCAGGAGCUGCGCCGACGGUGGUGAGGGCCAUGGCGCUCAACUUUGGGCAGCUGGCCUUCUUCAGCGAGGCCAAAGCCCAGCUUAAGAAACACACGGACUGGUCGGCCAAUACGCAGACGCUCAGCGCCAGUGCCAUUGCUGGCUUCUUUGCCUCCUUCUUCUCGCUGCCGUUCGAUUUUGUCAAGACGCGCCUGCAGAAGCAACAGAGGGGUCCUGACGGGAAACUGCCUUACAACGGCAUGGCGGACUGCUUCGCGAAGGUGGCCCGUCAGGAAGGCUUGUUCCGCUUUUACCGCGGAUUUGGUACAUACUAUGUUCGCAUUGCGCCGCAUGCAAUGGUGACGCUGAUUGUUGCCGAUUAUCUCGCGUGGUUGACCAAGUAG